AUGGGUUGCUGUGGUUGUGGAAGUUGUGGUGGCUGCGGUGGCUGCGCUGGUGGCUGUGGUGGCUGUGGUGGUGGCUGUGGUGGUGGCUGUGGCAGCUGCACCACCUGCAGGUGCUACCGGGUGGGCUGCUGCUCCAGCUGCUGCCCCUGCUGCCACAGCUGCUGUGGGGGCUGCUGCAGCACUCCUGUGAUCUGCUGCUGCCGCCGCACCUGCGGCUCAUGUGGCUGCGGCUGUGGGAGGGGCUGUUGCCAGCAGAAGUGCUGCUGCCAGAAGCAAUGCUGCUGCUAGGCGGCCGGCCUGGCUCUGCUUCUAGACUGAGGUGUGGGGUCCUGCUUUCUCCAGGUAAUGAGACUUUCCCCCAUGCCCCUGCCUGCUUCUCUCUCAGACCUCCCCAUCUGGUAUCAUCUGGGUGUCCAGGGACUUGCUCCUUUGGACUCUAUAACCCCCUCUUUGAACCUAGUGGUUUAAAAUCUUUUUAUUAAAAAAAAUCCAAAUAGGAAAUGGCCAUUACCAAAAUACAACCCCAGACUCAUCCCUAAAGAUCAGUCCGCCUUGCUGAGCCCAGCCAAGAGGGUCAUGAUCCCAAGCGUUCUGUUUCCUGGGUGUUCAGAUGGCCUCCACCUUUGUGUUUCUACUUCUCUGCACCUGCAUGGGCACCAUUUCCCACCUUUUCUAUGAGUUUUGUUUCCAGUCACCACAUAGCUACUGCUUAUUUCCCUAAUAAAACAAUGUCAACAACCCU